AUGAAAUCUCCAUCAUAAGUCAAUAUUAAACCAUUUACUUAUUAAAUAAUUUAAGCUAAUUUUAUUAAAUAAUAGGAAUAUUUUUGGGCAGUUGCUAUUAAUAAAGAUUGUUCAAUUUUAGCGGCUGUGUGUAAGAAACUAAUUAAAUUAUAUGAAUUCAAAUGA